AUGAAUCCGGAUUACCUUCCAACCAUCUAUCUAAGCCGUCAAGAAGAACACAUUCUCACCUAUGGGAUCUAUUAUCAGAUUCAGUACGACCGUCGCCAAGCAGCGUGCAUGAUCGAUGCGAUGAUGGAUCAAUUGCAAAACUGUCAUCUCACUGUCGACUACAAAAUCACACUAUCUCGACGUGUCGCUAUUGCCCGCCGUCGCUGGUUUGCUGAGUAUAACAUGAACUUCGAGGACACUGAGCUUCGCGAUCUCUUGAGAUAUGCUUGUCGUGUCCAUGACUGGAGCGCAGAUCUUGGAAACCUCUUUGAAACCAACGCUCGCAUGAUUCGCCAGAGAAUGUCUCGCAUUCGCGAACUUCACUUCAACCGCCGUCAACGGGAAUUGUGUCUCUGA